AUGGAAAAGGCACUUGGGAAGUCCGAAAAGGAUUUCUUCAACGAAAUGGGGAAGACAUUCGUGGAAUUCGUCGGACAGUAUGGCUACGAUCGAGUCUUAUCCGUCCUCGGGAGACACAUGAGAGACUUCCUUAAUGGUCUGGACAAUUUGCACGAGUACUUGAAGUUUUCAUAUCCCCGAAUGAGAGCCCCAUCGUUUUUCAUCGAGAACGAGACAAGCAAAGGCCUGACCCUUCAUUAUCGGAGCAAACGAAGGGGUUUCGUCUAUUAUACCAUGGGCCUUAUCACGACGGUCGGGGAACACUUUUACAACACUCAGGUGCAAAUCGAAGUCGUCAAGGAAGAGGUCCUCUAUGACACCGUGCACGUCACAUUUCAAUUGGCGUUUCAUAACCGGGGAUUCGGAGAAGACGUGAAUUUGCCCUCGAGUCGAGAGGAGAAGCUCCUUCCCAUCCACGCUCAUGUCUUCCUGGAAAUUUUCCCCUUCUGCAUCGUUUUCGGGCAUGAUAUGGUGAUCAAAAACUUGGGCCGGAGUCUUUUCACCAUCUGCCCGCAUUUCAUCAGCAAGAAGAUCCACGAACAUUUCGACCUCGUUCGACCUUUGGUCGAGUUCAAAUACGUCACGAUAAUGAACCGGAGGAAUAACAUCUUCGAGCUGGUGACGACGGAGCCCGUACUUGGAGCAAACGCGGAGGGUUCCAACUCGAAGGAAAGACUUAGGAGCCUGGAGGACAUGAGCGGGGAAUACGAGAAGGACGAAGAGGCUAGCCUUCACCUAAAAGGUCAAAUGCUUUUCAUGGAGGAAUGGCGGAUGAUUUUGUACCUGGGUACACCGGUCAUGCCGGAUUUGGACAGCAUGAUCGCGACAGGUCUUUUCAUCAACGAUCUCUCCAUGCACGACUUUAGCAGGGACCUCAUGCUGGCGGGUACCCAGCAGAGUGUGGAAUUGAAGUUGGCCUUGGAUCAAGAGCAACAAAAGAGCAAGAAGUUGGAGGAGAGCAUGAGAAAGCUGGACGAAGAGAUGAAGAGGACAGACGAGCUCUUGUAUCAGAUGAUCCCGAAAAUGGUAGCAGAUCGCCUUCGGAAGGGAGAGAAUCCCGUCGACACCUGCCAGGUAUUUGAAUCCGUGACGAUCCUGUUCAGUGACGUGGUGAGCUUCACAUCUAUCUGCUCUCGGAUCACUCCCCUGGAGGUGGUGUCCAUGUUGAACUCCAUGUAUUCCCUCUUCGACAAGCUCACCGAGCUCAAUGACGUCUAUAAGGUGGAGACAAUCGGAGACGCAUAUAUGGUGGUGUCGGGUGCUCCGGAGGUGAGAAGCAACCAUGCAGAGAAAGUCUGCAAUAUGGCCUUGGAUAUGGUGGAUACGAUCGUGGGUCUCAAGGACCCGUCGACAGGGGCUCAUCUCCAGAUCCGAGUGGGGAUUCAUUCAGGGAAUUGUGUGGCCGGCGUUGUGGGCCUCAAGAUGCCCAGAUAUUGCCUCUUUGGCGACACCGUAAAUACUGCUUCUCGGAUGGAGAGCAACAGCGAGGAGAUGAAGAUCCACGUAUCACAGACGACGAUCGAACUCCUCCCGCCUGUAUUCAAGUAUGACGGGAGAGGAGAGAUCCAAGUGAAAGGCAAAGGCUCCAUGAAGACGUACUGGUUAUUAGACCGGGAUGGAAGGAAGAGUCUGGCGGGAUCUAAUCUCCUCACGGACCAAGUGACGGUAUUCCGAACCAGCGUGGAAUCGAGGAGAAGCAUGUACUCUCCAGUCGGGUUAACUGGUCUAGGAGAAGGAAGCCGCCCGGGCUCCGCUGCUACGUCCACGUCUGGUCCUACAUCUUUGCCCGGCCAUGGGGUACGGAGACUCACCUCGGCUAGAGCCGGGGGCAGUCCCAUCCCCAGCCUCCCUCCCCCACAACCUCGUCCCUCUCCAACCAAAUCCCCAGAUCGUUGGGCAACGCGGAGACGGAGUUCUCCCCCCACCCCCACAAACACGUACGUGGUGAAGAGACCCGAGAAUUCCCCGGCCAAGAGACCCGAGAAUCCCCUCAUCGAGAGACCUGAGAAUCCCCUGGCCAAUAGCCCCGAUACCCGGGAGGCAAGCGUACAAGUACAAAUGGAUUCCUUCGUCCCCAACCUGAAUGGUACCCUUCCGCAUUACAUCCAGUUUCAGGGCAAGGGUGGAGCCUGUCGUCACCAGGCCAGAGAAUCCGCCACCCAUCACAAGUAUCACCAGGUCACGACACCGCACCAGAGCAAGACUUGCCAAAUACUCUGAAAUUUUCUCCCCGCACCCCUUCACAUUCACGUCCCUUGUUGUCGUGAUUUUCC